AUGGCUCGGCCAUAUCUCCUAUUUGGCCAGAAAAAGAAACAUAAACCUGGCCGAGAGAUGUCAGACCAGCAACAGAGGCAGCCAGGUUCCGGGGCUGAGAAGCAUUACUGCAGUGUCACGCAACAAUCACGAUCUGUUCCCGCCGGGAAUGAACUCCCGGUCGGCCCAAUGGCGCCCAAGCGGUUCCCGCCGGCUAUGCCUUCGUCGGGACAACUCGCGGCUAGGUCCCUAUUGGCCGAAGCUCGGGAUCAGGAUUGGCGCGUGAAUAUGGCGAAAGCCUCAUUGCAAGUCGUUAGCCACAACUAUGCAACCUGCAGUGUCAACUCCGACGAGCCAAGAAAGAGCGUUGGAAGAAGCUCAGGCUUAGGAGAUUUGCCUAGAAUUUUGCAGGAACCAUGGGGGACUGUCCAAUUUCCUGAAGAAGAGGACCAGGUUGAACCAGAUUUGUCAAAAGGUGCCUUGACUCUAGCAAUUGAGGCAAUUUGUGUAAGUGCCGAGCGACAACUGGUUGAUUUCUUACACUUGUCGCCAAUCCAUUAUCAGUACGAUAUGUGUUGCCAAGAUUUGAAGUCCCAGCUCAGUGCCGAAUUCAAGGAUUCAAUUUGCGUCUUGUACACCGCUUUGAAAUGCUGCAAAAUCGAUGGCGAUGGCGCAAGGAAGACGAUUUUGACAGCCGCAGUAAUUAGUCACCCGACGUCUUACAAAAGUGUCUCACAAACAUUUACGUCAACUUUGACACAUUGCGAAUACGGGAAACAAGGCCAACAAUUAGCCAAUGGCAGUCUAUUUGUGGACUAUACCAACGAAUCAGCGCCUUUUCGCGAUAACCUGGGAGAAGCCUGGACAGUUCUAUGCUUUGACCUCGCAGGCUCGCAGGCCUUCCCUCUCUCUUUCUCCCCGCAAAUUUGUAUCAAGUCACGUGCGAAACUUCCUAUCGAAUUCAUGCGUAGCGAACGUCGGAGGUCUCCGAUCCCUUCGAACCCGCGGGCGCCGAGCCUACCCCAACGAGCCGAUUUUGGAUAUUCUCAAGCGGUGGCAAUUCCUACCGGAAAAGCCUAUACGUUGUACUACACCAGCGAAGUCUCCAACAAGCUUGACUGGAAGUUGUGGCCAAUCAAUACUAUUUGA